GUUCAUGCAUCAGAUGAAAUAAGCAUUGGAGAGGGGGAAAUCAAAGCUGAAGUCUGUGCAAUAUAUACUUAUGGACAGCCUGUGCCAGGCAGUGUUAAAUUUGAGCUGUGCCGACCUCUAGUGCUUCAUCGAUGGAUCACCAUUAUUGAGCCAGAGGGACUCUCGAGCACGAUGCCCCCGUGCUACAGGGAGACAAAGCAGACAGGAAAGAAUGGCUGUGCCACAUUUAUGAUUGAGAUGUCCACUUUUACUAAACUUGGCAAACAGCCACUGCUGGAUAAACUGUAUCUCAAAGCCAUGGUGGAAGAGCAGGGGACAGGUACUUCACACUCACAAGGGAAAACAAUGGAGAUUUCUUACGUUGUUGGAAAGCUGUCCUUUAUUGACACACCCAAGAUUUAUGAGAAAGGAUCAAAUGUGGAGGGAAAAGUUAAAGCAGUUUACUUCAAUAACACACCUAUUCCUGACACACUGGUCUUCUUGUUCAAGAGUGAAAGUUGGUCAGGACGCACAGGACCUCUACUACAGAACCUCACUACUGACAGCAAUGGUAUCGCCACUUUCUCAUUAAGCACAACUAACUACGACAAAGACAUCGAGCUAACAGCUAGCCUGACACAACGCCCGGAGCAAACAUACCAAAGUCCACACUAUGAGAGAGCAGAACACACUCUGUCCUUGGUCCGGCCGUUUUCUCCUCAUUCUAAAACGGUCAGCUUUCUAGAGGUGAAGAAGAAGGAGAAACCACUUCCCUGUGAAAGAGAAGAGCCCAUCUCCAUCCAAUACACUAUAGUAGGAGAGACCCAGGGCUCUGUGGAUGUGAUGUGUUUGAUCUUAUCCAGAGGAACCAUCAUCAAGCAAGAACUUCAGAAGGUCACAGUGCAAAAGGAACCUGUGACUGAGGGGGAAGUGUCCUUUCAGUUGAAAGUGUCUCCAGAGAUGGCACCAGAGGUCCAGGUUGUUGCUUAUGCUGUCCUCCCCAGUGAAACUAUAAUAGCCCACAGUGCAGACUUCUCCACAGAGAAAUGCUUAAGUCACAAGGUGUUGUUGGAGUUUUCUCCGUCCUCAGCUGUUCCAGGAGAAGAAAGCAUCCUGAAGUUGACGGCCCAUCCAGACUCUCUGUGUGGCGUGAGCGCUGUCGACCAGAGCGUCCUCAUUAAGGAGCCAGGGAAGACUCUGAAUGUAGACAAGAUAUUUGACUUGUUGCCUGAUAAAAAAGCAUCCGGUAUUCCACAUGACGUUGAAGAUCCUGUAGCGUGUAUAAAUUUGAGACAAAGAAGAUAUGUUUUGCCGUACCCUGGACAUGGCGAAAAAGAUGACGCUUACACAGUUUUCCAGAAAAUGGGCCUGAAGAUGGCAACAAAUCUGUUCCUCAGGAUGCCAUCAUGUGUGAACUUUAAGGGAACAGAAUACUACAGUCAUCAUUUCCCUCGAUCAAGUAAGACACACGCUGAACAUUUACAAGCUAUAACUUCAGGAAUGUUCACUGUUUCAAGUUGACCACUGAUUCUGAUUGAAUAUUGUCCUGUUUCUUCAGACGUACUUCAUGUAUCUUUGGGUAGCGCAAUGAACUUUGGAGAUGCAGGUCCACCUCCACCAAUAGAGACGGCCCGCUCUUUCUUCCCUGAGACUUGGAUAUGGGACCUGGUGGAAGUUGGAAAGUCUGGAAUGAAAGAUGUGUCCCUCACUGUCCCAGACACCAUCACCACCUGGGAGACGGAGGCUUUCUGUUUGUCCCCUCAGGGUUUUGGCUUGGCUCCUCGUAAAGAGCUCACCGUCUUCCAGCCCUUCUUCCUUGAGCUCAGCCUGCCCUACUCCAUCAUCCGAGGGGAGCACUUUGAACUGAAGGCAACCACCUUCAACUACCUGUCCAGCUGUAUCAUGGUCACUGUGACUCCAGCACCCUCCUUAGAUUACACCCUCACCCCUCUCUCUGGUGACCAGUACACAUCCUGUCUGUGUGCCAAUGAACGCAAGACACUCAGCUGGACCAUGGCACCUUCAGUCUUAGGGGUCGUGAAUGUGUCAGUGAGUGCUGAGGCUGUGGCAUCCCACAGAUCAUGUGGCAAUAACAUUGUGACCGUGCCAGAGAGAGGUCGCGUUGAUGUGGUCACACGAUCUCUCAUAGUGAAGGCUGAGGGAACUGAGAUGACAAAGACUCACAACUGGCUGCUCUGCCCAAAAGGAGAGGCUUUGACAGAAGAAAUAGAACUACAACUCCCUGAGGAGGUGAUUGAUGGGUCUGCCCGUGCUUCACUAUCAGUUUUGGGUGACAUCCUGGGCCGGGCCCUGAAGAACCUGGAUGGACUGCUGAAGAUGCCGUAUGGAUGUGGGGAGCAGAACAUGGCUCUCCUGGCCCCCAAUAUCUACAUCCUCCAGUACCUGAAAAACACACAGCAGCUGACCCCAGCCAUCACGGAAAAAGCUACCAAGUUCCUGACUAGUGGCUACCAGAGGCAGCUGAACUACAAACACUACAAUGGUGCUUACAGCACAUUUGGACAUGGAGAAGGGAACACUUGGUUGACUGCUUUUGUGCUGAGAUCCUUUGCCAAAGCAAAGUCUUUCAUCUACAUUGACCCAGCAAAGAUUGAAGAAUCAAGGACUUGGCUGGAGAGACAACAGCUUCAAAAUGGCUGUUUCAAACAGUCAGGAAAACUCUUUAACAACAGAAUGAAGGGUGGUGUAUCUGAUAAAGUGACUCUCAGUGCUUACAUCACUGCUGCCUUCUUGGAGAUGAAUAUUUCAGUUGAUCAUCCUGUGGUGAAUAAGAGCUUGUCUUGCCUCAGGGAAUCCACCAGUGACCUCAGCAACACCUACACUACAGCUCUGCUGGCAUACGUCUUCACCCUGGCUGGAGACAUGGAGACCCGUGCUCAACUUCUGCAGCACCUAGACAAGGUUGCAUUACAAGAAGGAGAUUUCCUCCACUGGUCUCAGACAGCAACAGAAUCUUCAGCCUCUCUGUCUGUGGAGAUCAGCUCCUACGUGCUGCUGGCCAAACUUAGCACCUCCCUUUCUGCUGAAGACCUGGGCUACACCAGCCGCAUUGCCAGAUGGCUGACAGGCCAGCAAAACCAUUAUGGAGGCUUCUCCUCUACACAGGACACAGUGGUGGCUCUUCAGGCUCUGGCUCUCUACUCCACUGUGGUGUUCAGUCCAGAGGGUUCAAGCACAGUGACAGUCCAAUCACCCAGUGGCCAGCUGACAUUUGAUGUGAACCAGAGCAACAAACUGCUCUACCAGGAGAAGAUGCUGCAGGACGUGGCAGGAAAGUACAGUCUGGAGGUGAAGGGAACUGCAUGUGCGUCAAUGCAGAUUUCUCUUCAUUAUAACAUCCCAACUCCUGCUGAUGUCACCACUCUCAGUGUCGAGGUCAUACCAGAGGCUGACUGCCAAUCUCUGAGACCUAAACUCACUCUGAAGCUUAACUCCCUGUUCCAUGGUUACAGAUAUAGUUGGAAAGAGCCCACUACAAACAUGGUAAUGCUGGAUAUCAAAAUGCUCUCUGGAUUUGUCCCAGAUCCAGAAUCUUUGAAGAAGCUCAAAGGUGACCUGCUGGUGGAUCGUGUUGAAGAAAAGGAAGAUCAUGUUCUCGUGUACUUAAAGGAGUUACUGAAGUACAUACCCAUCAACCACAUCUUAAAGCUCGUACAGGAGCUCCCAGUGCAGAACCUGAAGCCAGCUGUGGUUAAGAUCUAUGACUACUACCAGCCAAGUGACCAGGCUGAGACAGAAUACAUCUACCCUUGUGCUGCAGCUUAAAGAGUGUUAUGUGGUCACCCAUCUCAGCUCCUCUGGAUCAAAGCAUUUUAAUAAAGCUACA